CUACUAUAUACUGACCUAAGGAUAGUUCUGAAAAUGACUGAGUUCAUAUAUGAACUCUUCCAGAGAAAAGAGGUGAUGCUUUAGUGUUCAAAAUCAUUAUGAAGUUAUAUUACUUAGGCAGCUACUUGUUUAAAAGAACUUUUUGUCUGUUAGAUAAUCCUUUAAAAGACACUUUGGGAAUCACAAGGCACACUCCUGCCUGGCCAGCCAGCCGGAGCCCCAGCUAGUACCUCAGAAACUAGGUGGCACUAUGUCUUUGCCUCCUGAAGGGAAACUAGAGACUAAAGCCGGACACCCACUCGCCAUGAAAACCAGUGGGGUGCAAAUUGUGCAGAAACACAAUUUCUUUGGUGUAGGCAACAAAGAAGAGAAAAAUAAGGAUGACCAAGAAUGGGGGCCCCAGCCUCCUAAGUUGGCCCUGUUCAUCUCUGGUGUCAUUGCCCAGGGUGACAAGGUUCCCCCAGCAGCUGCACAGCUGGCUCACCAGAAGCUCCAGGCCUCCAUGGACAAGCACCCUUCCCCAAGAACCCAGCACAUCCAGCAGCCUCGCAAGUGAUCCACACACAGAGCCCCGUCCCACGCAGCAUGUCCUAGACCCCCCAGGAUAGCUCUCAGACAAACCGAAGUGGCACUUUGUGCAAAUUAUUAAGCUGCUGGGAAACUGAGACAAAGCAAAGAGCUCCUUCCUUUGUCUUCAAUUCCCAUAGUUUGAACCAGAAGCAGCUCAAAUCCCAAACUGUGUUUAUAGGAGCCCUAGCUGGGAGUCACUGAAAGAUCUCUGUACCCCGGGAGAAGUGCCAUUCACAGAAUUUGCUAAGUCCUCAGUAAGAUCAGUCCUUCACACUGUAACUUUAAUCCAUCUUGGCAAUUACCUGUGGUCCUUGCCCGUGGUCCUUAAAACAAGAGGACACAAAUUUGGAGACUACAUAAGAUGAGUGGGCAAGCAAAAUCAUUUCAUGCUUUUCAACGAGAGGACAAGACUUAACACCUACCUGCUGCAAUGGCAGGUUCCAGCCAAGCCAGAGGAGGGAAGCU